CGUGGACCGGCACUGGUCCGUGGACAACCACUUUGAGAAGCACUGGUCUAGAGAGACUGUUACAAGUUCAGUGGUUCAGACUGGUGAGAUGAGAGAUCAGGGAAGUCUUGCCUGUCAACCUGGUUUCUCCAUUGUAGCCGAGGAGCGGUCUUCCCUCUUCAUCAAAAUUUACAUGUUUGACAGCAGAACUCGGCUUUCUACUAUAGUGAGAGAAAAUAUUUCCGAUCGUCUCAGAGGUGGCAGUGAGGCACACCUUUAGCACAGGAAAAUGAGUGAACUUGACCAAUUACGCCAGGAGGCUGAGCAACUGAAAAACCAAAUCAGAGAUGCUAGAAAAGCAUGCGCAGAUGCCACUUUGGCCCAGAUCACAGCCAGCAUUGAUCCUGUGGGGCGAAUUCAGAUGCGCACUAGAAGAACGCUGAGGGGACACUUGGCUAAAAUUUAUGCAAUGCAUUGGGGGACUGAUUCCAGGCUUCUAGUUAGUGCCUCCCAGGAUGGCAAACUUAUAAUUUGGGACAGUUAUACCACAAACAAGGUGCAUGCCAUUCCCCUGCGUUCAUCUUGGGUGAUGACCUGCGCAUAUGCCCCCUCUGGAAACUAUGUGGCUUGUGGUGGUCUUGAUAACAUCUGUUCCAUUUACAACCUGAAAACUCGUGAAGGGAAUGUACGUGUCAGCCGUGAACUGGCUGGUCACACAGGUUACUUGUCAUGCUGCCGUUUCUUGGAUGAUAAUCAAAUUGUUACCAGCUCUGGAGACACCACUUGCGCCCUUUGGGAUAUAGAAACUGGUCAGCAGACAACCACAUUCACUGGGCACACUGGAGAUGUCAUGAGUUUGUCCCUUGCUCCUGAUGCCAGGUGUUUUGUUUCUGGUGCCUGUGAUGCUUCUGCCAAACUGUGGGAUGUUAGAGAAGGAAUGUGUCGGCAAACCUUCACUGGCCAUGAAUCUGAUAUCAAUGCCAUCUGUUUCUUCCCAAAUGGCAAUGCAUUUGCCACAGGCUCAGAUGAUGCCACAUGCAGGCUCUUUGAUCUUCGUGCUGACCAGGAACUUAUGGUUUAUUCACAUGACAACAUCAUCUGUGGCAUCACUUCUGUAGCAUUUUCCAAGAGUGGACGUCUUCUCUUAGCUGGUUAUGAUGACUUCAACUGCAAUGUCUGGGACACGCUUAAAGCUGAUAGAGCAGGUGUCCUUGCUGGCCACGAUAACCGUGUCAGUUGCUUAGGUGUGACUGAUGAUGGCAUGGCAGUGGCAACAGGUUCAUGGGAUAGCUUCCUCAAGAUCUGGAACUAAAGUCUAAAGAGCAGCGGACUCCACCGUGACUGGAAGACUUUUCCAACAGUUGAAAAUUUAAAACAAUAGCAUAUCCAAUCCAACCAUACUAACUUGGACCCCCAUCCUCCCCAACUGCAAAGGGCAACAUCUUUUCCAUCUCCUAUUGCUGAAAUGAAGAGCACAAUUACCUUUCCAAGAAGAAUUUCUGUGGUUGUAACCAAAAUGAAAUUGUGCAUUCCUUUUGGGACCAUAUUUUUGUCUUGAAUUUAGAAAAAGAAACACUAUCAUAAAAGCAUGUCCAGAAAAUAAACUUGAGCGUAAUUGUGAAACAGAAUUAGCUUUCACUGUAGUUUCCAAGUUAAAGUCCAGGACUUUGUUUUCUUUCUCACGGUUUCAAAUUUUGAAGUCAUGUUUGUAGCAAGAUUUUUUCACAUUUCCUUUUUAAAUACAUUUCUUUAUGGUCAAUAAUUGAGCAGAACAAGGGAGUCCUAACCCAGUGCAUCUGGGGUUGUUAAUGCUGUAAAUUUAGUCCCUAAUUUUUUUUAUUUGUCUAGUGUCACAAAUAAUUGUUGCACAAUACAUGGCGCAUAUAGAAUAAUGCUAAGAAGUAAGGUAACCAAGCACAUGCUGUACAAGGUAUUGAAUGCUUGUUUCAAGAACAUUUCACCUUUUAUGGGUAACAAACGCAAACUCUCAAUCCCUUCCCACCCCACUGAUAUUUUUUUUUUUUUUUAAAUCUACUUUGUGUUUUUGUCCACUUGGAAGGGCAGUUUAUAUAUCCUAACACUACCCCGUAGUCUCCCCAACCAGGAAUCUCUGUUUUCAAAAGAGACCUGUCCUACACUUGGGUAUUCAGUCAAUUCUUUGUGUAUGAAAUGAUGUACAAAUCAAUGUUUUGAAAAUAAUGAUCUUGAACUUUCUAAGUUAAACAAACGAAAACUUUUUUUGAUUGUUUGCCAUAUUGGGUGGGUUUACUCUUAGAAUCGCAUGCUGUAGAAAUGCUAAAAAGUGCAUAUUGGACUAAGUCCUUAGAUGUUUUUUUCUUUAAAGAAAUAACCUGUUUAAAAACUGUAACCAUUGCCGCUGUAUUCAUUUAUUGUUGCUACUCUGUGCAUAAAUCUAUGAAGAAUUCAAGUACAAAGCUAUGCACGUUUUGGAGUAGCGUGAUUAAGUCACCUCUUUUUUUUUUUUAAUUUUUUUUUUUUAAGAAAACAGCCUGUUCAAACAAUUGCUGUCAAAGAUUCUGGGGUGUGGGAAGAGGGAACCCAGACCAUUUUCUUUAUAAAAUAAUUCCUCACAGCCCAUUCCUCUUGUAGGACAAGUCCUUUACAUCUGAUUAGAAUCACUUUUGUAAUGAACAGGUUUUCCUGGCUUUCUUUUCAAAUAAAAUGAUAAAAGCAGCAGCGUUUGGACAGCAGAUUGUUCUGUUAAACUCUCUUCUCCUCCCUAGCAGCAGUAGUGGCUUUUCUCCAUUCUGUUUUUUCUGCAACAUUCUGUACAAAAAAUGUGCUGUAAUUGUGCGUUAGGCCUGGAUUUGGCAUAAAGAAGAUGAAUUCCCUCUUUCUCUCUUCCAUGAAACUAUUCUGUAGAGCUUUCUCCAUACCCUGUAUCCCUCUUCUUCACCUUUUGUAUUUAAUUUUAAAGUCAGUGUACUUCAAGAAAGCUGGAUGCAAGAUAGAUACUAUAUUAAAAUGUAAUGUUAUUUAAGAUGUAAUAAAGCAGUUUGACAUGA